AUGGAUCUCCAGACCCUGUCGAACCUCUUUGCGUCCACCCUCAACCCCGACCCCAAUGCCCGUCGCGCUGCUGAACUCGAUAUUCUGAAAGUCGGCAAUGAGCCGGGAAUGAUUGGUGGACUACUGCAGAUAAUCGGGGCGGACAGCAUUGACAUUUCCACUCGUCAAUCUUGCUCGGUCUGGCUCAAAAAUCGCGUCCACGGCACGUACUCCAUUGACCCCGCCACUCGCCGCCCCAACCAGCCCUCCAUCACCGAACCCGAUAGAGAGGCUCUCCGAGCCAAUAUCCUUCCCUUAUUAGCCGCGUCUCCAUCACGUAGCAUCACCGUUCAACUCGCCAACAGUCUCAAGGACAUUGUGGCCCAUGAUCUACCCAACGCCCGCUGGCCUGGUCUUAUCGACGCCAUCAAGCAACUUUUGGUCAGUGGCGACAUUCGCCAUGUACAGGCUGGAUGUGUUGCCUCACUCGAGGUCGUUCGUGCUUUCCGAUUCAGACAAAAGGCAGACGUCCUGCCCCCGUUGGUGGCCCAGCUGUUUCCAACUCUCGUCGGAAUUGCGACACAGAUGAUGCAGACACCGCCUUCCGCUGCCCAGGAAAUCCCCGCAAUGCUCCAUCUCAUCCUCAAAACAUACAAAACGAGCAUUGUCGUUAACCUUUCUGCUCACCAACAAAGUGCGGAAAGCAUAGUGCCUUGGGGGCAACUUUUAUUCGGUGUGGUCAAUCUCCAAAUUCCCAAGGAGGCGGUUCCCGAAGAUGAGGACGAUCGUGAGCGGAGCGAGUGGUGGCGCGCCAAGAAGUGGGCUUAUGCAACUUUGGGAAGACUCUUUCAUCGGUUCGGCAACCCCUCGCAACUGCCCUCGACUAUGCAAGCCGAGUAUGCGGGAUUUGCUCAGCACUUUGUUACUGUCUUCGCACCCGAAAUCCUCGCCAUCUACCUACGACAAGUCGAGCUGUAUGUAUCAGGCACUGCCUGGCUUUCGAAGAAGUGCCAGUAUCAGAUCUUUACGUUCUUCACUGAAUGCAUCAAGCCCAAAUCGACUUGGACGUUGCUCAAACCGCAUGCGCAGACCCUCGUCGAGUCGUUUGUGUUCCCGCAACUUUCGUUCAAUGCUUCUCGAGAGCAACUUUGGGAGAGCGACCCCAUCGAAUACGUCAGAAUGAAUGUUGAUGAAUCCGAGUCCUUCUCCACGCCUGUUUCUGCCGCAACAACGUUCCUCUUUUCGCUGGCCAGCAAUCGCACCAAGACGACCUUCAUGCCUAUUUUAGGCUUCGUCAACGGCGUUUUGCGCUCGGAGAAUGCCUCGUCCUCCCAGAAAUUCGGCGCGCUCAACAUGACUGCUGCCCUGGGUCCCUGGAUUAUGCGCCAUCCUGAUGUCUCCCCAAACAUGGAGCAGUUCGUGCUGCAGUUUGUCACACCGAAUUUUACGAGGCCGGAGGCGUAUUUGCGUGCCAUUGCCUGUGAAGUCGUCGGGACAGUCACCAAAGACGGACUAUCAUUCUCUUCUGAAGAAAAUCUCAACGUCAACUUCCGUGCUAUCGCAGCGGCGCUUGAUGAUCCUGACUUUGUCGUUCGGGUUCAGGCGGCUCUGGCCUUGACCGAACUGAUUAUUCUUCACGAUUCUGACCUUCUCAAGCUGGCAGACGAGACCGACCUCGAUAUCCUUAACCGCAGCAUGGAAGUCAUGGUCAAUGCAUUCCAGACGGAAUUGCUCCCCGUUGCGGCGCAGUUGACUGCACGCCUGUGCGAAUCAUAUAUGCGGUUGAUCAAAGAGAGUCUCGCAGCGCCGGAGCAGCCAGAACUUGGCAACAUCAGCUUCGAUGCUCUCAAUAACAUGGAUGACGACAAGACAUACGCCGCCAUGGGUUUCGCGAAGACCAUCAGCACAGUUAUCUCUGCUGUCGAUAGCUCGCAAGAGAUUCUUGCCCAAGUCCAAGAGGUUAUUAUUCCAAUCAUCACCUUCACCCUUGAAAACAAAAUUCUCGACCUGUUUGACAACAUGUACGAGCUGGUCGACAGCUUAACAUUCAAGCUUCGCUCUAUUUCGCCCAAUUUGUGGCCCGUUUUCGAGCUCACAUACAAUCUCUUCAAGUCCGAUGCCGUCGAUUUCCUCCAGGAAAUGCUGCCUUCGUUAGAUAACUUCGUUUCGUAUGGGAGCGAUGUUAUAAAAGCGCGUCCUGAGUACCAAUCGAUGUUGGUGGAUAUAUUCACAACUUCGAUGAGCCCGGGACAACCUCCAGAGAACCGACUGAACGGGUGCAAGCUCGCUGAAUCGAUUUUGCUCAAUCUGAGAGGGAGCGUUGACAACGCUCUCCAAACCAUGAUUACUGUCGCUUUUAACCAAGUUGACAAGUUUGACACGGCUGCCCUGCGGCUUGCCAACCUGGAGGUCCUUGUCAACGCAGUUUUGUACAACCCUGCUGCGACGCUGCAUAUUAUGGAGACGACGCAUGCGGGCUCCGCCAGGGUGUUCUUCGACAAGUGGUUCGAUACCGUUGCGGACCAUGCGAAGAUGCCUCGGGUUCAUGACAAGAAGCUCGCGAUUGUCGCGAUGUGUGCGUUAUUGGAGAUGACGCCGGAGCAGGUUCCCGACUCGGUCAAAGAGGGUUGGCCGGGUAUCGUUGGAGGAGUGCUGAAGAUCUUCAAAGAUUUGCCUGGGGCAAUAACAGCCCGCAAGGAACUAGAAGACCAAGAUGACGAAGAUGACGACGACGAUAUUUAUGAAGAGAAGGUGCUCAAUAUGAAUGAAGACGACGAGGACGUCUGGGAUGAGGACUCGGCGUAUCUCGAAAUGCUCGCAAAUGAGGUAUGCCCCCUUUCAUAUGGCCUCCUUUUGGAUGCUAAUCUGGCUGCUUCUCCUAAGGGUGCGCGUCUUCGGGCAAGAACGGAGCGGAAGGAAACGGGUGAAGAAGACAGUGACGACGAGGAAGACGAGAUUACUGAAGAGCUCGGGUACUUCAGCACAAUCGACGCUGUGAAUCCAUAUGUGUCAUUCAAGCGAGCCCUCACGACCUUCCAAAUGCAAAAUCCGUCUGCCUACCAGACGGCCACGACUUCGCUGAAUGUCGACCAGCAAACAGUGCUUAUGGAGGUCAUGCGUAUAGCUGAGCAGGCUGGCGCGCCUGCUGCAUAA